UGGUACAAGCUUCAACGCCUGCACUGCACUUCCAGAACCACACCAUGGAUUUGCUCACAACCUCUCCUUCACACCUUUCAUCUUCGCUUCCCUCCUCUCCUUCACGCAUUCGCACCCUUUUCUCAAAGCCACCCACUUCCUCGUUCAACCCUAAACCCUCUUCCCCUUCACCAUGUCACCGAACAACCCCACUCAAGUGCAUCCUCACCGCUUCACCAAACCACUCCAAAAACGCAAACUUUGAGCCCAAAUCUCUGAAACCCAGAAUCACUUUUCAGAUGUCUUCACCACAGACGCCGGCAACGGCCAUCAGAGGCGCGGAAACCGAUGCAAUGGGGUUGUUGCUGAGGGAGAGAAUCGUGUUCUUGGGAAGCGGUAUCGAUGACUUUGUGGCUGAUGCUAUCAUGAGUCAGUUGCUGUUAUUGGAUGCUCAAGACCCCUCUAAAGAUAUCAAGCUUUUCAUUAAUUCCCCUGGUGGCUCUCUCAGCGCCACGAUGGCUAUCUAUGACGCUGUCCAGCUUGUGAGGGCUGACGUUUCCACAAUCGCACUUGGCAUUGCAGCAUCAACAGCCUCAAUCAUCCUUGGUGGUGGAACCAAAGGCAAGCGCUUCGCUAUGCCCAAUACGCGAAUCAUGAUUCACCAACCCCUUGGAGGUGCUAGUGGACAAGCUAUAGAUGUGGAAAUUCAGGCUAAAGAAGUCAUGCACAACAAGAACAAUGUCACAAGAAUUAUAUCAGGCUUCACCGGUCGCACAUUUGAACAAGUCCAGAAAGACAUUGACAGGGAUAGAUACAUGUCUCCAAUUGAAGCUGUUGAAUAUGGAAUCAUUGAUGGGGUGAUCGAUAAAGAGAGUAUUAUUCCUCUUGAACCAGUGCCAGAAAGAGUGAGAUCAACACUGAACUAUGAAGAAAUAAGCAAAGACCCUAGGAAAUUCCUUACCCCAGAGAUCCCUGAUGAUGAGAUAUACUAGCUUUAAAUGAUUGAUAGGGAGCAAAUCGUUGAAUAUUUGAGAUUCCCUUACAGUGCUAGCAGUAUACACAACAUUUUGUGUAAAGCAUGAGGGUUCUGUAACAAACUCUGAAAGAUGUAGGAUUGGGUUAUAUUCGUCUUGCAAUUUUUAUUUGUAUUCUGUGUAGGUGGGUGGAGAAUUGUGAUCCAGUUAUGAGGGAAUCUGACUGUUUUUGCUAUCUUGAUUAUUUCUCAUUAUGUUUUACCCCUUA